AUGAGAAACCAACCCCUCUUCCUCUUCCUCCGUCUAUUCUUCUGCCUAUUCUUCCCCUUCGUCAUCUUCUUCUCCACCUCCUUCCAUUUGCCCCACUCGUUGUCACCAGACUGGCAUGGUGAGCCCGCUCGCUCUGGCAGCCUGGAAUGUUCGUUCCCUUUUAGACAAUCCGAGGAGCAACCGGCCGGAACGGAGGACAGCGUUAGUGGCACGAGAAAUGGCGCGCUACAAGGUGGACAUCGCCGCACUCAGCGAGACCCGUUUCUCCGAACAAGACCAACUGGAGGAGGUGGGUGCCGGUUACACCUUCUUCUGCAGUGGUCGACCCAAGGCAGAGCGACGAGACGCGGGCGUCGCCUUCGCCAUCCGGACCGACAUCGUGGGACGACUGCCCAGUCUGCCGCAGGGCAUCAACGAUCGCCUGAUGAGCCUCCGUCUGCCUCUCCGUGGUGGGGGCAAAUUCGCCACCGUCAUCAGCGCCUACGCUCCGCCGUUGACCAGCCCCGACGCCGUCAGAGACAAAUUCUACGAGGACCUGCACGCCCUCUUGGCGACUGUGUCGAAGGCGGACAAGUUGAUUGUCCUUGGUGACUUCAACGCCCGCGUCGGCACAGACCAUACUGCCUGGAGGGGAGUGCUGGGUCCCCACGGUCUCCGCGGCUCAAACGACAAUGGUCUGCUGCUGCUCCGCUGCUCUGCUGCUGUUAUUUAUGUAUAG